AUGCCAAGCAAUACAAGUAACCGCGUCGGUUCCAAGCACGUGCCUUCUCACUCCCGGGGUCUCAAAAAGGAUGUACCAGUUCAAGGGAGGCAACAGCAGCAGAGGAUACAGCAGGAAUAUCCGCUUGCACAAUGGAAAGACAGGCAGUCUCAUAGUUUCUGGUCUUUUGCCUCAAUGACCUUCGCCUUUGCGAACCAUAUCUGGCAUCACGCCUCUCCUGAACUUCGCCGCAAGGUGGAGGACUUCGCGAAGCCCAGUCGUGGCUUGCUCACUUUCAUUCAAGAUGGGCCUCAGACGAGCAUCAAUGCAAAGCACCGUGAUGCUGAGGCCGGCGAGGGAGUGCCACAGGUGACAACACCAGGAAGCUGCUCGACUAGAGCGCGCUCCUCUGCUUUCUUGUAUCGCUGA